AUGAAGGUGGAGCUGCAGCUCGAGCAGCGCAGCCAGGCGAUAACAGCUCUCGAGCACCGCCGUGCAGCGGAUGCACCCGAGCCGGAGACCUUCUUCAUCGGAGAUGAUGAAAACACGCAGGGCGACCUAUCGUCGAUGGAGGACGCCAGCGCCGCCCAGGCGCAGCAGCUCGAGUCGGCGCUGCGUGAGCGUGACGAGGCUCAACAGAAGCUGCAGGAGCUCCUGGAGAGGAGCCAGGAGAACCUCCAAGCGGCAGAUGCCAGCCACGCGCUUUCCACGGAGAAUGAAGCUUGGCGGCAGGGCUCGAGCAAGGAAACCCUCCAGCAGGAGUUGGCGCAGAGCCGGGAGGCACAGCAGCUGGAGUCGGCGCUGCGGGAGCGUGACGAAGCCCAACAGAAGCUGCAGGAGAACCUCCAAGCGGCAGAUGCCAGUCGCACGCUGUCCAUGGAGAAUGAAGCUCUCCAGCAGGACUUAGCGCAGAGCAGGGAGGCAAGCAAAGAGCUGCAAUCAAGACUCCAAGAGGCAGAGCUACAGCUCGAGCAGCGCAGCCAGGCCAUAGCAGAGCUGGAGCAACUGCGUGUAGCAGAUUCCACGGCCGUCCAGCGCUUGCAGGGCGACUUGGCAUCGAUCCAGGAGACUGGGGCAUCUCAGGCAGGGCAACUGGAGUCGGCUCUCCGGGAGCGUGACGAGGCCCAACAGAAGCUGCAGGAGCUCCUACAAAAAAGCCAGGAGACCGAUCAAGUCGCCGAUGCAAGCCGCGCACUUUCGACGGAGAAUGAAAAUCUCCGACAAGAGUUGGUGCAGAGCAAGCAGGCAACAACGGAUGCAGAGGCGCGGCUCCAAGAGGUAACGCAGCAGCUCCAUCAGUUUGGCCAGGCGAUCACGCACUUCCAGAGUCAGCAUCAAGCAGAUGCCGCCAGAAUUCAGCAACUCCAGGGCGACUUGGCAUCGACCCAGGAAGCCGGAGCCUCCCAGGCAGGGCAACUGGAGUUGGCGCUUCGGGAGCGGAACGAGGCCAACCAGAGGCUGCAGGAGGUCUUGCAGAGGAGCCAGGAGACCUCCCAAGUUGCAAAUGCCGGCUCAACGGAGAAUGAAAGGCUGCGGCAGGAACUGGCGCAGAGCAGGGAGGAGCUGAUGCGGUGCGUGGCAAAGCUGCAAGAUGCAGAACGCUUGCAGCUGGAAAUCCGGCGGUUGCUACCCUUUGAAGAGGCAAGCAAAGAGCUGGAGACGCGGCUCAGAGAGGCAGAGCUGCAGCUCGAGCAGCGGAGCCAGGCAAUGACAGAGCUCCAGCGCCAGCAUGCAGCCGACGCCGCGUCAAUCCAGCGCCUCCAGGGCGACCUCUUGUCGAUCCAGGAGACAGGUGAGUCCCAGGCAGGACAGCUGGAGUCGGCACUUCUGGAGCGCAACAAAGAGUGCGCGACACUGCGCCGGGAGCGUAACGAGGCCCAACAGAAGCUCCAGGAGGUCUUGCAGAGAAGCCAGGAGAACCUCCAAGUGGCAGAUGCCGGCCGGGCACUUUCCACUGAAAAUGAGCGGCUCCAGCAGGAGUUGGCGCAGAGCCAGGAGGAACUGAAAUCCUUGAACAGCGUGGUGGAGCGGUGCGUGGCAAAGAUGGAAGCUGAAAGUCGUGAACGUCCCUUCCUCGUGGACAAGCGCAUGGUCACGCAAAUGCUUGCAGCUUAUUUGGAGCAGCGGGAGAAUCCGGGCCCGCAGCUAGAGAUUCUGAACAAGAUGGCUGACCUCCUCGGCUUCACCUCAGCUGAGCGCGAGCAGGUCGGCUUGUCACAGAAGCGGAAGACACCGCUGCAGAUGCAGGAGCCACAAGGCCUCGCAGACCUGACCGACCGCUUUGUCGACUUUCUGAUGGAGGUAUCCGUUUUAGCGAUGCAGUUGAAGCAGAAACGAAUUCCUGAAAGCGUUGAAGUGACAAAAUGCAGGGCGACAAUUGGAGAUGGAUUGUCGCGUGCACCUCCUGACAAGCCAGCAACUUCAGCACGAAGUCGAGGAGUUGCAGCAGACAU